AUGACAAUAAUGGAAAGUACACCUGACUCUGUGUUCAACUAUGUGUUUAAACGAAUUAUUUAUUUUAAUUCAAAUUGCAAAGAUUUAAUCAUCAAAACUUUAAAAGUAAUAAAGGAUGAAAUAUUGAAAACGAAUAGCUGUGAUACAUUUGAAUGUAUUGUCUAUAUAGAUUCUUUCGGAAUCUAUUGUAAUAAUGAAAAUGUAAUCAAUCAGUUUGAACGGUUUUUAGUUAGUAAAUUACCAGAUAAUACACUUAUAUACCCACAUUAUACAGUAAAUUCAGUAAAUUUUGAAGAUAUUAGGAGGUUUCAAACACAUACACAUUUACCUCUUGGACGGUGUAUUUUAGAGGCAAUACAGGUAAUUAAAGAAAGUAUUGACAAAUUUACAUUAGAAAAAAUAUUUUUGAGUUUUAAUGGUGGAAAAGAUUGCGUUGUUUUAUUAUACUUGUUUCAAGCUGUGCUUGAAGAAUUAAAAUUCAAUGGACAAAUCAAAGCUGUUUUUUUUCAAUCAGAUGAUCAAUUUUCUGAAGAAGAAGACUAUGUAGAAUCUACAGUAAACAGGUUUAAUUUAGACUUAACAGUAAUCAAAGGUGAACUUAAAUCUGGCCUUAAUGACUUUUUGAAGGAGAAUCCUCAGUUUUGUGCGUCUAUCAUAGGUACAAGACAAUCUGAUACGGGUUCUACAAAACUUCAGUUCUUUCAAAAAACCGAUCCAGGCUGGCCUGUAUUAGUGAGAGUACAGCCUUUAUUGCACUGGAAUUAUGAUAAUAUUUGGUCAUUUUUGAGACAAUUCUCUAUACCAUAUUGUAGCUUGUAUGAUAAAGGAUAUACAUCUCUUGGUAACAAAUCAAAAAGUCACCCUAAUCCAAAUUUAAAGUAUAUAGAUGAAAAUACUGGAGAAGUUAAAUAUUUGCCAGCAUUUUUGCUUCAAGAUAGCAAUUCAGAGCGAGAAAAUAGAUUGUAA